GUCGGAUUCAUAGCCGCGACGAAAUCCCCAUCCCUAAGUGUCACUACUACUGGUACGGUGAUGUGUACAUCUCGCCCACCGGCACGAGCUCGCCGCGCUUUCCAUUAUUAGCCGCUCUUGCAAGUGUGAAGUGUCCAGGUAGCCAUUUUGCAUGCAUUUUCCGGCUUGUGUACAGUGCUUGCAGCAGAAUACCAUGGCCCGCUGCUUCGUCCUCAACACCGGCGCCAAGAUCCCGUCGGUCGGGCUCGGCACAUGGCAGGCCGAGCCGGGCGUCGUCGGCAAUGCCGUCUACGCCGCCGUCAAGGCUGGUUAUCGGCACAUCGAUUGUGCUCAAGCCUACUUCAACGAAAAGGAGAUUGGGGUCGCUCUCAAGAAAGUGUUCGACGAGGGCAUAGUCAAGCGCGAAGAUAUAUUCAUCACCUCCAAACUCUGGUGCACUAACCAUGCUCCGGAGGAUGUCCCGGUUGCACUGGACAGCACGCUUCAGGAUUUGCAGACCGACUAUGUGGAUCUUUACCUUAUCCACUGGCCAGUGAGGAUGAAGAAGGGCGCCGGCUUUGGCGGGCAAAACGUCCUCCCGACCGAUAUCCCGGCGACGUGGGCGGCGAUGGAGAAGCUCCACGACUCCGGCAAGGCUCGCGCCAUCGGCGUCAGCAACUUCUCGAGCAAGAAGCUGGAGGACCUGCUCGCCGUCGCACGCGUGCCGCCGGCCGUCGACCAGGUGGAGUGCCACCCGGUGUGGCAGCAGACCAAGCUCCGCAAGUUCUGCACCUCCAAAGGAAUCCACCUCUCAGCGUACUCGCCGUUGGGCUCGCCGGGGACAGCGUCGGUGAAAGCGGUGGGCAAUGUGCUCGCGCACCCGGUGGUCGUCUCCACGGCGGAGAAGCUGGGGAAGACGCCGGCGCAGGUGGCUCUACGGUGGGGGAUUCAGAUGGGGCACAGCGUGCUCCCGAAGAGCACCCACGAGGAGAGGAUCAAGGAGAACAUUGACGUCUAUGACUGGUCCAUCCCGGAGGACCUGUUCAUCAAGCUCUCUGAAAUCGAGCAGAUGAAGCUGAUCCGUGGAGAAUUCUGGACUCACCCGGAAGGCGUCUACAAAUCAAUCGAAGAGCUUUGGGAUGGCGAAAUCUAAUGAUCGACUUGGCUGGACUGAAGUUUGCUUUCUUCGUGUGGGUGAAAAACUGGAAACUGCCAUUGCUGCAAAUAAAGUGGGGAAAUGUUAAUCAAUGAAUGAAUAAAAGGAGUUUAAGUCUACAGCUACCAUUUUGCUGGUACUGGCGUGUAUUUUUACAAGAACCGGAAUCCAGAAUCUUUACCGGCAAAAUUAUCAGUAAUUUGGACAUUUGUUUAAAAGAAGGCUUUAUCACAGAUUUUGGAUGUA